GCCGUCUCAUUGCGCAGGCGCCGCCUCGGCCCGCAUGCGCACUGCGUGCGACGCGGCCCGAGGAAGUUUCACGUUCCCGCUGCGGCAGCGUGCUAUUUGUUCUCCCACUUUCUUCAUUUUCCUAUUCCAGGCAGACUGCCCCACAGUAUUUUCGUGGAGAAAUUGUCAUGGAAGUACUGCGCCCACAGCUUGUAAGAAUUGAAGGACGGAAUUACAGGAAGAACCCCAUCCAGGAGAAGACCUAUCAGCAUGAAGAGGAAGAUGAGGACUUUUACCAAGGCACCAUGGAAGACACCGAUGAGCCCUGCGAUGCCUACAACGUGGAGCAGACCCCGCAAGGAUUCCGCACUACCAUGAGGGCCCCCAGCCUGCUCUACAAGCAUAUCGUUGGAAAGAGAGGGGAUACCAGGAAGAAAAUAGAGUUGGAGACUAAAACAUCUAUCAGCAUUCCUAAGCCUGGACAAGAUGGAGAAAUUGUAAUCACUGGCCAGUAUCGGAAUGGCGUCAUUUCAGCCAGAACUCGGAUUGAUGUUCUUUUGGACACCUUUAGAAGAAAGCAACCCUUCACUCACUUCCUCGCCUUCUUCCUCAAUGAAGCGGAGGUUCAGGAAGGAUUUCUGAAGUUUCAGGAGGCAGUUCUGGAGAAGUGCUCCAAGGAUCAUGGAGUUGAUAGCACCAUUUUCCAGAAUCCCAAAAAGCUUCACCUGACUAUUGGUGUGUUGGUACUGCUGAGUGAGGAAGAGAUCCAGCAGACAUGUGAAAUGCUACAGCAGUGCAAAGAGGAAUUUAUUAAUGACAUUUCAGGGGGCAAGCCCCUGGAAGUGGAGAUGGCAGGCAUAGAAUACAUGAAUGACGAUCCUGGCAUGGUAGACGUUCUUUAUGCCAAAGUGCAUAUGAAAGAUGGUUCCAGCAGGCUGCAGGAGUUAGUUGAUCGAGUGCUGGAACGUUUCCAGGCAUCUGGACUCAUGGUGAAAGAAUGGAAUAGUGUGAAGCUGCAUGCCACAGUCAUGAAUACGCUCUUCCGGAAAGAUCCCAAUGCUGAAGGCAGGUACAAUGUACACACUCCGGACGGCAAGUAUAUCUUCAAGGAAAGAGAAUCAUUUGAUGGCCGAAACAUUUUGAAGUUGUUUGAGAACUUCUACUUUGGGUCCCUACGGCUCAAUUCCAUUCACAUUUCUCAGAGGUUCACAGUAGACAGCUUCGGAAACUACGCCUCCUGUGGACAGAUCGACUUCUCCUGAGGUGGGUCUCAGAGAGCACCAGAAGCCGAACAUCCUCAUGAGGUGCUGAAGAUCAUGUCCGCCCUCUACACCAAGGAGAUAUGCAACAAUGUGAAGAGUGACUUUCCCGGUGCUUCCUGGGGACUCCCCAAUGAGCAAAGUAGCAGGCAGCGUGGUAGGGGCACAGGGGCA